AUGAAGACAAAGACACCUGACCAUCUUAAGGGUUUGAUCUACACUACAGGUAUUCUGGACUGUGAAACCAAGGCAUCCUAUUGGUUGACGGUCCACGCCACCACCCGCGGGGUCACGCCCCUCUCCGCCUCCAUUGAGGUCUUCAUCCAGGUGGAGGACGUGAACGAUAACUCCCCCUUGACCUCAGACCCCAUCUAUCACCCCGUCGUCAUGGAGAACUCUCCCAAAGACCUGUCCGUCAUCCGUAUCCAGGCGCAGGACCCCGACUUCACCGCCAUGCCCGGUCGCCUUAGUUACCGCAUCUCCGCCGGCAACCCACAGAACUUCUUCUCCAUCAACUCCAAAACAGGUCUGAUAACAACAACAUCCAGGAAACUGGACAGAGAGCAGCAAGCAGAACACUUCCUAGAGGUAACGGUUAUGGACAGUCCGGUAAUGUCCCGUCUCUCCACUGUGUGGGUCAUAGUCCACAUCCAGGAUGAAAACGACAACGCCCCCACAUUCACCGAAUCCGUCUACUGGAUCAGCUUACCGGAACGCGACCGGAACAAGCGCGGCGACCCCGUCUAUCGGGUGUUUGCGUCCGACCUCGACCUGGACACCAACGGCAACAUCACAUAUAGUAUCGUCGGGGGUAACGAUGAUGAGAAGUUCAGCAUUGACCCGCUGACCGCAAUGGUGUCAUCACACAAGAUGGUCACGGCAGGAAGCUACGACAUCAUCACCAUCAGCAAUGACUGA